GAAGCUUCGAAGCUGCAACCCCACGAAGAAUGCUGAGAGGGUGUUGAGGAUAUGGCACUGAUUUCUACGUUACUGGCGCUCCGGAGAGAUCCUCGCAUCCUCAAGUUGCCCCCCUACCUCUCCGCGCUAUGCAUUCUCGUUGGAGUAGUCUGGUUGCUGGUCCUGCCGUUGAAUGAGUACUCGCGGAAUACUUAUGUGUCGGAGAAUGCAUUAUUGCCUGGACAGGUGCAUACGUACUUCACCGGCAGCGAGCACAACAUCUUCAGGGCGUACAGGCAUGAGGUUGCAGCAUUAGUAGAUACGUCCGUUCAAGAGAGGACCCAGCGCUUAGGCGACAUCUUCCGUUCAAGCAAUCUGAAAGUCGCCACGCAGAAGUACGAAUACCACGCCUCGGGCCGCAAUAUCUCGAACCAGAAUGUCUACGCUAUUCUCCACGGCCCACGCGCCGAUGCCACAGAAGCCAUUGUCUUGAUUGGAGCAUGGAGGAAUAUGGCUGAUGAGGUCAACCACAGCGGCGUAGCCCUCGUUUUAACGCUCGCGCGCUACUUCAAGAGAUGGUCGUUGUGGUCCAAAGACAUCAUAUUCCUGGUUUCCGGGGACAGCACCUCAGGACCACAGGCCUGGGUUGAUGCCUACCACGACUCCUACUCUCCAGCCUCCAUUGAACCCCUGUCCAUCAAAAGCGGCGCCCUUCAAGGUGCCGUCGCCAUAGACUACCCCGCUGGACCCUGGGGCCACCGCUACGACAAACUCCACGUCGUCUACGACGGCGUGAACGGCCAGCUCCCAAAUCUUGAUCUCUUCAACACUGCUGUUUCCAUCGCCAGCGGACAAAUGGGCAUCGGAUGCACGCUCCAACGAAUGUGGAAGCACGACGACUCCUACCAAGAGCGCUUGCAAACUAUGCUUCGAGGCAUGAUUAGCCAAGGACUCGGUCAUGCUUCCGGGCCGCACAGCAGCUUCAUCCCGUAUCACGUGGAUGCCAUUACCCUGCAAACCGUCGGCAAUGGCUGGCAUGAUGAGAUGUCGCUCGGCCGAACCGUGGAAUCACUGUUCAGGAGCUUGAACAACCUCCUCGAGCAUCUACAUCAAAGUUUCUUCUUCUACCUCUUGAUGCAAGCGAACCGGUUUGUGAGCAUUGGCACCUAUCUCCCCAGCGCAAUGUUAAUCGCCGUGAACUUUACCAUCACAUCCAUCGCGCUAUGGGUACAAAGUGGCCGCGGUGUCUCUACUCCAAAUCCCGCCUCCGCAACACCAAAGGCAUCCCCAGACUCCAAGACCUCAAAACCGGACUCCAUGACCGCCGCAGAAAAAUCCGGCGCAAUCGCUCUCAUCCCAACAACGUCCCUCGCAAUAACCGAACGUAAACUCUUCCUCCCCCUUGCCUUCAUCCUCGCAUCCCAUUUCCUGGGUCUGCUGCCUCUCUACAUCUUCAACAACACCUCAGAGCCCUACCUUGGUCUCGCAUUCAACACUAUAACUGCAGUAACAACAUCCCUCCCGGUUCUCACUGCCCUGUUGCUUUCGAAAUUCCUCUGUCCGACGGAACAGGAAACAACGUUGAUACAGUGCUUCUCGCUUCUGCUGCUUGGAAUGUACCUCUCCGCCCUCGCAACCCUAAAUUUCUCUCUCUCCUUCCUCGUCGGUAUUUUCGCUAGCCCAUUAACGUUCGUGCGGUCCCUUGCGCCACAGACCCCACCAACCACUCAAUCCCCUCAAAUCCCCCCUUCGUUCGUCUCCAAAAACCGUAAAUCGCUAAGCGCCACGAUGGUAAUCUUACUCGUUCUCUUAAACCCGCUAGUCGUGAUUCGAGCCGCGACGCUCUACUGGGGAGCAACUAUUGUGGAGGUGUUGGUGCAGGCGGCUGAGGGAUGGCAUGUUUGGGGUCUAUGGACGCAGGUCGUAGUUUGGCUUGUUUGGUGGCCGGCAUGGUUUGCGGGGAGUGUGGUUGUGGCCGGGGGGCUGUUUGCUUAGAUAGAUUAGAGAGAGGAAGGGAAGGAAGAGUUGGAGGGUGAGACAAACAGGAUUUUUGGGUGGAGAUACAUGUUGG